ACCGCUUCUGGCAGGAGGGCGGCCUCAGCAACCUGCACCUCAUCAUGGCACGCAAGUUCCGCCAGUUCGGGCCCAUCUACAGGGAGAAGCUGGGUGUGUACGAGUCCGUGAACAUCAUCAGCCCCGGGGACGCGGCCGCGCUGUUCCAGGCCGAGGGGGCCCUGCCCGAGCGGUUCCGGGUGCCCCCGUGGGUGGCGUACCGUGACUUCCGCAACAAACCCUACGGGGUGCUGCUCAAGACGGGCGAGCCGUGGCGCUCGGAGCGGUUGCUGCUGAACCGGGAGGCGCUGGCUCCGGACGCGAUCCCCGCGCUGGUGCCGCCGCUCAGCGCCGUGGGCGAGGAUUUCGUGCGGAGAGCGCGGGCACAGGCGAGCCAGAGCGGCCGCGGCAGCUGGAGCGGGGACUUCAGCCAGGAGCUGUUCCGAUUCGCGCUCGAGUCGGUGUGCCACGUGCUGUACGGGCAGCGCCUGGGCCUGCUGCAGGAUUUCGUGCAGCCCGAGGCGCAGCGCUUCAUCGAGGCCGUGGCGCGCAUGUUCCACACCACGGCGCCCAUGCUGUACCUGCCGCCCGCGCUGCUGCGCCGCCUCAACACCCGCACCUGGCGCGACCACGUGCAGGCCUGGGACGCCAUCUUCGCCCAGGCGGACAAGUGCAUCCAGAGCGUGUACCAGGAGCUGCGGCUGCGGCGCAGGAGCGCCCAGGAGCACGUGGGGAUCCUGGGCAACCUCAUCCUGCGCCACAAACUGCCCCUGGAGCACAUCCGCGCCAGCGUCACCGAGAUGAUGGCCGGAGGGGUGGACACGACGUCCAUGACCCUGCAGUGGGCCAUGCUGGAGCUGGCGCGGGCCCCGAACGUGCAGGAGCAGCUGCGGGCCGAGGUCCUGGCAGCCAAACGUGAGGCGGGCGGUGACAGGGAGAGGAUGCUGAAAUCCACACGGCUGCUCAAGGCCGCCAUCAAGGAGACGCUCAGGCUGCACCCGGUGGCCGUGACCCUGCAGAGGUACAUCACGCACGAGGUCAUCCUGCAGGACUACCGCAUCCCGCCCGGGACGCUGGUGCAGGUGGGGCUGUACGCCAUGGGCCGCGACCCCGCGGUGUUCCCGCGGCCGGAGCAGUUCCUGCCGCAGCGCUGGCUCGCCGCCGGCCCCAAACACUUCCAGGGGCUCGGCUUCGGCUUCGGGCCGCGCCAGUGCCUGGGCCGCCGCAUCGCCGAGCUGGAGAUGCAGCUCUUCCUCAUGCACAUCCUGGAGAACUUCAAGAUCGAAACCAUGCGAGCCGUGGAGAUCGGCACCAAGUUCGACCUCAUCCUGAUCCCGGACAAACCCAUCCAGCUGACGCUGCGGCCCCUGGAGUGCGGGGAGUGAGGAGCCCCC